AUGAUGCUAGAGAAAACUAUAGUCAUGACUGAUGAACCUAAAAUCAAAGAAUUAAAUGAAAUUUUAUAACAAAAAAACUAAAAAUUACUUGAAUUAGAAAUGAAUUAAAAUUCUUUUAAUUCUAAUACUGUUUUAGUAAUAAAAGAAUUAGUAAGGAUAAAAAAAUAAGAGAACUAGAAACUUAAAUUGAAACUCUUUAAUUAAAAGUUGAAAGAUAUUAAAAUAUUAAAAAAGACCAAGAAACCAGAAUAAAAAUAAUGA